CCGAGGGAAUGUCUUUGUUUAUAUUUUGCAUUUGAAAAGGACCCGAGCUGUCAAGUGGAUUAUUUUAUGCUAUUCUGGCUGGGUUUUCGUAAUUCGUGAUAGUUUCGGAAGGUGUUAUAUUAACUAGGUUUGAGUUGUAGUUGUUGAUGGCUGUAGAGGACCUGGAGCCCCUCACCAAAAGUGAGCAGAAGGAUGGACGAGAGGCUGAGACGGACGGCAAAGACACGGGGGAUUCCCUCAACGUCCUCUUGACAUCAGCUCUCCAUAAGCAUGCGGCGAAAAAACUGGCAAAAAAAGUAGGCAAGAAGAAGAAGACAGAAAAUGAGCAAGAGGUCAGAAUAGAAAAAGUUGAGAAAAAGAAGAAAAAGGAAAGUAAGUUCUCCAAGGCAAAGAAAUCUGAAGAUGACCUGGAACUAAGAGAGGUUACAGUCAUAAAGGAAAAGAAGAAAGGGAAGAAGACUGAUCAAGAUGAGGGACGUCUCCAGCGACUCGAAGAAGUGGAAGACGAAACUCUCCAUGCUCUGGAAACGGGGAAAGAGGAGGACGACAAAAAUGAGGAAGAAGUUUCACGUAGAGAUCCCUGUCCUUCUGGUGGAGAGAUAGAUUCCCCAACGAGAGACUACCUCAAAGCCGUCUCUGUGCCCAAGAAGAAAACGGCACGGAAGCCGAGGCGUGCUGUCAAGGAUGACGGGAAAGUUUUAGGCGUAACAGUGCAUUGUGCAGAUCGGCUCGAAGGAUCACCUCUGCUGCUACCUCAUCCAGCUGUCCAGGUGCACAUUUGCAACGCCGACACGGGAGAAUGGCUACAGAAAACAACACCAGAGCGGAAAGUCACCUCCUACUACGAGAGCAAUGACGUGGAUCACAUUCUCCCCAUUAUGACCCAGCCUUAUGAUUUACGCAAAGCCAAGAGCCUCCACUGCCGCUGGGAAGAACAGCUGAUAUUCAACGAGCCGAUGGGCCACUUCACUUCACCCGAGCCACAGGUCAUCGUCUUCUUCCAGAUGAUGGACUUCCCACCGUCAGCCGCCAACGCCUCAAAUGCCACGUCCAACCAGACCAGGGCGUCAGCAGCCACUCGCGGCCUGACGACAUUUGCCUGGGCUUUCCUGAAGGUGCAGGGGGCCAACAACCAUGUCAACAUUGGCCAGAGGUUGCGGCUGCAGCUCUUCCGGCCGAGGAAGCAGUCGGGGAUUGGCCUCAAAGACUUGCACAGCUGGUGGAAGAGCGGCAGCCGGACCAAGUACCCAGCCACGCUCUACGUCACGCUCCAGGAAAUGGUCAUACCGCAGCAUCCUCGGCCAGCUCUCAGAUCCAUGCUUGCCACACAGCAGGAGCAAGGUGGAGGAUCUGUGUUGAUGGAUGUCUUAGAUCAGUCAUCAACAAAUGGAUCAGUUCACAGACCGUCAAGUACACAUGACAAACUACAAGUCAGUUGGUCACGCAAACCAAACCAGUCUUGUAAGAUCCCAAACCAUGUCAAACACUGCCUCUCCUAUACUGACCAGGGUUGCCUAGUGGUAAAAUUUUCAAACAAUGGACUGAAACUAGCCUGUGGUGCUUACAAGCAGAUUCUUGUAUAUGAUGUUUUAAGUGGGCAGCUUGAACUAAGUUUAUCUGGACAUUUGGGGCUUGUUUAUGAUGCAUCUUGGAGCGACAGUGACGAGUUGUUGCUUACAGCGUCUGCAGAUUCAACGGCACGUGUUUGGAACACCAAAGCUGAGGAAGGCUGUGGGCAUGGGCAAGUUUUAGCUCACCCCUCUUAUGUGUACACAGCUAGAUUUGUGCCUUCAAGACACCAAGUCAUAGUCACUGGUUGUUAUGAUCAUGUUUUAAGGGUCUGGUGCAGUAGUAAGGGAGGAGGUUAUGGGGUUGUGCAGGAACUAACAAAUCACUUGGGCUUCAUUAAUGCACUCUGUUUCAACCCAGAAGGGGAUUUGCUGUAUUCAGGAGAUAAGCAGGGCAUAAUUCUAGUCUGGAAGGUCAGUCUACCAAAGAAGGACAAGGGAAAGAAGAAAAUCAAGCCUUUAACUUUUGAACAUGAAGUAAAGAUACCUGACAUUCUAGGAAACACAAUAAAUACCAUAUCUUUUCACCCUGGAGGAUACCGCUUGCUGGUUCACACAAGGGACAGCCAGAUAAGACUUGUGAAUCACGUGCAUUGGACUGUAACUCACAGGUUGAGAGGUUUGCUGAAUGUACGCGAGCAAAUUCGAGGAUGUGUAAGCCCAUGUGGGACUUGGGUAUUGUCAGGUAGUGAAGAUCAUGGUGUUUAUAUCUGGAACUCAGACACUGGAGAGAUGGUGUCGGCUUUCAUGGAUUUACCUAUUGAUGGAACAAUAUCAUGCAUUGAUUAUCAUCCACAUGAACACAUGGUAGCUUUAUGUUCGUAUUCCAACGAAGCACCAGUCCUGAUCCUAGAUUACGAUGAGGACAUGCAGGCCACCAAUACCACAGUCCCACUUGCAGUUCAACCUGCUGGCUCAGUGAGGGCACACUCUCCCAUGUUAAGAAGUCCAAGUCCGAGUUUCAUCCCUAGAAAACUGUCUUCUUCGCCUCACAGGAAUUACACCUCCACUUCCAUGGACAGAAGUGCAUCUUCUGUGCCCCCAUCUGAAGCUCUUCCAUACAAGUCAAGGCCUUUAGAACCUAGUUCCUUUCAGCACAAUAACAUGCACGGUGACCUGUACAACACGGCUCUUGAUCACGAAGCCUCUACUAAAAGAAAUACUGAUAACUCUCUUGGAGGUAAAGACCUGUUGAGUGAACAAGGCAAAAGAAUUCUUAGCAAGUUGGAUACAGUGCUUAAAAUGGCAAGUGAAAAUCCCAUUGGCCUAAAUGACAGCAGUGUUAACCACUAUGGGGAUGAUUUGGUACCUCUGGGACAGUUGGCUACCGUCCUGUAUGACUACCACAGUGUGGAGCGUGAUGAACUCUCCGUUAAGCAAGGAGACUAUGUCAUGGUGAUUCAAGAAACCAACAGCGACUGGUGGCUCGUGCGAACUGCUGACCAGAGACUCACAGGCCUUGUCCCAGCCUCAUACCUACAGCACCUGCAUGGGGGAAUAAGGGUAGACGAUGACGACAUUGAUUGGAUUGAUUCGGGGAAUGUGAUAGCCAUCCCGUCAGAGAGCGGAGAGGUGAGUUUCAUUUCCGACAGUGAAGGAACCCCAAGCAAAGCCAGGGCCCGGAGGCAUAAGGCCAAAAUGGGUGGAGAAAAUGCAAAAGUCCUCACUUCCACGCCAAGGCCGAAGUAACCAUGAAACAGUGAGGAAAAUUAAUACUACUGCCAAUACUGUAGUUUAUGCCAAGUGCAGAAGUAUGUGCAAUUCAUCAAAUUUAUUCAAAAUUAUAAAGUUUUCUUUCUAUUUAGUUUUUUAUUUAUUAUUAAGAAGGAUAGUCGAGAGAGUAUUGAAUGAAAGAAGCAUUCCAGUGUAAAACCUCAGAGAGGCAUGCAUUUACUUGUAAUAUAUUUAUUUUGGCAAGUUUGUAUAAUUAUAUAUUGUAUAUUAUAUGUAACAGUUUUAAGAGGGUUGUUUCAGGGAUAUAUCAAUGUAAAAAUUAUUAUUUUUUUGGGGGAAUAGAGACUUGUUCAAGAUUCCCCACAUAGUUCUGUCUAAGGUAGGGGGGGGAGGGGAGAAGAUAGUACUAACCAUGAGCAGAAAUUAGUAUCCGUGCCUGUACAUCAGCCAGAUUUUUUUCCCGUCAAAUACUUUAUAAGUAUUCUCAUAGGCUUGUAAAGUAUGUUAGUAACAUGCAAUAACUGGUGCUUCACAAGAUGCCUUUGGUUAUAUUCUUGUGCCUGAUGGGAAAAAAAUCAAGUCAUUGUAGAUUUACAGUGUCCUUGUAACUGUGCCUCUGAAUUGGUUGACAUGUUGACUGUGGCGUGUUCUGCCCUCAACCAAAGUCUUUAUGUGUAAUUUCAUACCGUCCAUUAUAUAGGUGCCAUUGCUGUUAGAGAGUUUUAUGCUCUUGUUGUCCAGAUACAAUUUCUGGGCAUGAAUAUUUUAUGUAUCUGUAUAUGUAAA